AUGUCGAAACCACACACGUUGACUGACGAAGAAAUCGUCCCAACGAUAGCCAAAUACAACAACACAUUCGAACUGGUCCCCACAAAUCAGAAAGAACUCACCGUCCAAUACCAGCACUACAUUCUCGAAAAAUGUAUUGAAUACAUUGGCAACCAAUGGAAGGGGCUUAGUGUUCCUCAAGUCACAAUUAAGCGAAUCACUUCAGGGACAAGCAACAUAAUUUUCACUGUCACGCUAAAUUCCCAGCCAAAUGAUAACUCUCCAAAAACAGUGCUUGUCCGCAUCUACGGAAGAUUUUUGUCCGCUUCCUUCAGGAACCAACUCAAAGACGCCGUUGUUUUUGCAAUUCUCUCUGAGAGGUCCCUUGGACCUAAACUUUAUGGGAUUUUUGAGUGUGGGCGAUCUCAAGGACUUUCGCCUCUGGAUAUCCGUUCUUCCAGGAUCUAUCCCCUUGUAGCCUCACGAAUGGCACAAAUUCAUAAUCUAAAUGUCCCAAUUUCCAAAUCUCCGAGGUUCCUGUUUGAAACAAUGAGGGCUUGGCUUGAGGAAGCAGAAAAAGUCGCCAAAGAUUUUGAAGGAAUAGGAGAUCAACUAAUCUUGGCAGAUAAUCAGUCUCCAGUCUGUUUUUGUCACAACGAUUUGCAGGCGGGGAAUAUUUUGUUGAGGAGCAGUGAGGCCUCGUUGUCUCCAGACGACCUUUUAGUGAUUGAUUACGAAUACUGCAGUUAUAACUACAGGGAUUAUGAUUUGGCCAAUUUUUUUUGCGAAUUGUCAUUUGAGUACUCAAAUGAUUACGAAGAUGGGUUUUUCUAUUUUCCCGAUCGUGUCCCUACGCUUAGAGAGAAGGUUGUGUUUGUUCUGACUGUCCAGGAAGAUUUUAUUAGAGCCUACAUUGAUAAUUGGAAUUUUUUCAGCGACAAUUUGAUCUCAAUGGAGGAUAUUAAAUCGGCCAUGAAAAGUGUGGAGGUGUUUGAGUUAGCUUCACAUAUUUUCUGGACUUUGUGGAGUAUUCGGCAGUCACAGAGUUCGUCUAUUGGAUUUGGAUAUGCGGUUUUGUUUUCUGGUUGA